AUCAGCAGGAAAUACUUCCUGAAACCUAAAGCUACAGUUCAUCUCUGAGCUGCAAACAAGCAUGGAGAGGGGUAAGAGAAGCAGCACACGGAUGUCUGGAAAGAAAAAACAUCAAGAAGACGACCCAGGGAGGGUUCUUAAGGCUGCAGCAUCCACAUCGGAGCCUUAGCAAACACAAACCAACAGAGAUCUUAGUCUGGUUGGACAAGAAGAAGUUCUACCGAGCUUCGGCAAGCAGAAACAAGAGACUAUGGAACUGAAAGGUGAAGAAAAUGAAGUCAGGAUCAACCCCACUGCUGAAACUGUGAAAACUGAAGAUGACGAAAAGAAACUUGAGUCUUCGCUGCUUAAUCAAGUCAAAAUUGAAGAAGAUGUGAAGACAGAACCUUCAACCAACAGCUCUACUCGGCAGAUAAAAACAGAAGGAGACCACUGUGGUGGACUGGAUCCAGAUAAUAACUCUGAUCCAAAUAAUAACUUAAAAUUAAAUUCAAUUGAAAAUGAUUCACCAUCUUCAGAAACUGAUGUAAGCAGCAACGAAUCUGCCGGUUCUGGAUCUGAAACAAAAAUCAAAGCCUCGAAGCAGACCAUUGUACUUGAGCCAGGUGAUGAGAAAAAUGUAGCCAGUAAAACUGCUGCAAUAUCCUUCAGCUGCUCCGAGUGCGGUAAACAGUAUCGCCACAAGUGGUCCCUUAAGAAGCACCUGGGGGUCCACUCUGGGGAAAGGCGUUUUCUCUGUAAAAAUUGCUGUGAAACCUUUAGCGAAUAUGUGCAACUGAGGACACAUAUGAAAAUACAUGCAGAUGAGAAACCUUUUCUCUGUGAUAUUUGUGGUAAAGGUUUUCGCAGAAUGGGCGAUCAUAAGGCACAUCUUAGAGUUCAUGCUGAAGAAAAGCCACUCACUUGUAGCAAAUGUGGAAAAGGAUUUUAUUACCAGAUGAACCUUAACAAACACAUGAAGGUCCACAGAGACAAACCUUUCAGCUGUGAUCUGUGUGGUAAAACAUUUAAUGUUAAAUCACGUCUUAGGAUGCACAUGCAAAACCACACUAAAGACAAACCGUUUAGCUGUGGGGACUGUGGGAAAAGUUUCAAUUUUAAGUCACUCCUAAAGACUCAUAUGAUCACCCAUUCUGUAGAGAAACCUUUCAGUUGUGAUGUUUGUGGCAAAAGGUUUCGUGCAGAAGAGCAUCGUGAGACACACAUGAGAAUCCACACUGGAGAGAAACUUUUUGACUGCGGUUUUUGUGGUAAAAAAUUUCUCCGCAGCGCAAAUCUUAAGACGCACAUAAGAAUCCACACAGGAGAGAAACCGUUUAUUUGCGAUUUUUGUGGCAAGAGUUUUAAUUCACAAGGGAGUCUUGUGAAUCAUAUGGUGGUCCAUGCAGCUGAGAAACCUUUUGCUUGUGAUGUUUGUGGGAAAACAUUUCGCCGACCAGUAGAGCUUAAAAUACACACGAGGGUGCACACGGGCGAGAAGCCGUUUGGAUGUGAUAUCUGCGGAAAACAGUUCAGUCAAAGCUCACAUGCUAAGAUACAUAUAAGAAUGCACACAGGAGAAAAAUCAUGUGCUUGUCAUGUUUGUGGGAAAGCUUUUUGCGAGCGAGGGUCUCUUUCGCAGCAUAUGAGAGUCCACACAGGAGAAAAACGAUUUACCUGUAAUGUCUGUGACAUGCAUUUUAAUCGCAAGUAUAAGCUAACAACUCACAUGAAAACACAUGUAGAAAUUCAGUCUGAUGCAGGAAAAUCUAACCAAACUGGCUCAUAAUGACAAACUUGUGUUUGUGUCAUUUUGUAGCUGUCUGAAUGUGGAUUUUUUUUUUAAUUUGGCUUCCAUUAUGUUUAAAAUAUUAAUGAGUUAUCAUGCCCUCAGGGUAUUUUCAAUAGAUAAAUUUUUCAGAUGGACAAAAACCUACUUCCCCUGUUAGAAGGUUUUCCCUCCAGGCAUUGCCUCAAUGCUGUGCUCAAAUAUUGGACACCACAUUGAAAAAUCUGCAUCACCUGUAUAUUUAAAACUAAACCAGCCAACACUUCUAAUAAUAUUUAAUAAUUUAUUUAUAUAUUCUGCUGCAUGCUGUUCGAGUAGGAAUAAUCUUUUUUGGAUGCUUUCAACAGUGAAAUCAAAGGUGUGUAAGAUUAGACCUUCUAUGAUGUUCAGGCUGGAGUCCGAGGCAUUUACAGACAGACUGGGAGAUGUUCAUAUUUUCAUUGAGAGGUAGUUGACAUAAUUGGAAUUGGAAUUUAAAAAUUAGUGGGGAAAUUGGGAUUGAGUGCUUUGGAGAUAAAAUUGGCAGUGAAAAGGGCUGAGAUGUCUUGGACACGUGAAGAAGUGGGGCAGUGGAUAUAUUGCAUAAAUGAUGUGAAAGGUGAAAACAGUGAGUACAUAAAGGGUUUCAUAAAUUAUCUUAAAAUCUGAAAAAGUAUGAAUUUACCUAUCAUUUUCCAGAUCAGGAUAAAUGUGAAAUGGAGAAUGGAAAAAAUGUUUGAGUUUCCAGGGUUCAAUUCUUGUUCUGUUAUACUCAAUUUCCAAAGUAUGACACUUACUGGUUUAAAAUGAAUUUAUAUCCAUUUUGUUGAAAUUGCUGCUGCUAAACUGAAUUUCUGUCAUACGUAUUGACCAGGUUGGUUUUACAGAAAAUCAAUUUUAGUUUGUUUUUAGGAUUCAGUUCCAGGAAGAAUUGGGUUUUAUCUAUUUCUUUAUUUUUUUUUAUAAGGCAUUAUAAAUUAUACCUAUUUUCAAAUAAAGAAUAUUUCAGACCAGCCAACUUAUUUGCAUGAGAGAUUUUAAACAAUUUACUGAUUUUGUGAUAGGCUGCUAGGAUCUCUGUAGAUUGCCUUUAAUUCAGCCUGAUGUUCACUUGUUAUAGGUGGCAGAACAAUAGAACAAGCUUCCCAUUUCUGUCAUUGUUUAUUUUAUCUACAGAAAUCUGAUCAGUCCUGGGACUGAAAAGCACACAAUACACCAUUUUUAAUAACUGCACACAAUAUUAUUGUCUGAUGUAAAUUUGCCUCUAGUCUCUUUUUACAACUUUACCUUUGUGUGAAUAUGCAUGGUUUUACUGAUCUCCAACCUGCUGCUGGUACACCUGAAUUUUCCCACUGUGGGACAAUAAAAUAUAAUGUUCUUUUCAA